AUGUCACCCACCGCCAUUACCAAGCGUAAACGAGACGAGCCCGCCACCGAUGCUGCUGAACUCAAGAAGCAAAAGAAGGUGAAGAAGGAGAAGAAAGAUAAAAAGGACAAGAAGGAGAAGAAAAAGUCCAAGAAGGAAAAGAAGCAGCACGACGACGACCACAGCAAACCCGAGAAAGCGAUCGAGCCACAACAACAGCCUUUGACCAGCAACGACGAUUCGUCUUUUGAUCAGCUUGCAAAGUACACUUACAAGGAGCAUGCCGAGUUGACAUCGCUUCCCGAGAGCACCAUCACUGACUACCUGAAGAAGAACGAGGUUGAUAUCCAGGGCGAUCUCAAGUUGCGACCUAUCCUUCAAUUUGCAUACACCAAUGUGCCCAACAAGCUUUUGAAAGUGUUUGAGAACUUUAGCAACCCUACGCCCAUCCAAGCAACGACAUGGCCAUUUACGUUAUCUGGACGUGAUAUUGUGGGUAUUGCAGAGACUGGAUCAGGCAAGACUUAUGGCUUUACGUUACCGGGUUUGGUGCAUCUUGCUUCCAACAAGUCCAAGAGCAAGAACCCAUCCAUGUUGGUAUUGUCUCCCACUCGUGAAUUGGCCAUGCAAAGUGAAGAGCAAGCACGUGAAGCUGGCAAGAUGUUUGGAUUGAAGACCAUUUGUUUGUAUGGUGGUGUGGAUAAGGCAUCUCAAGCACGACGCCUUUCUUAUGGUACCGAUAUUGUCGUGGCAACCCCUGGUCGUCUUUUGGAUUUACUCAACGACGAAGCGAUUGACCUUUCUGAAGUCUCUUUUCUUGUCUUGGAUGAAGCCGAUCGUAUGUUGGAUGAAGGUUUCGAGCGUGAUAUCCGUAAUAUCAUUGGACAUGUACCCAAGCAACGACAAACGCUCAUGUUCUCUGCCACAUGGCCAAUGAGUAUUCGCAAGCUCGCAGCUGAUUUCCUCAACAACCCCAUUCGUGUCACUAUUGGUUCGCCUGAUCUUGCAGCAUCCAACAGCAUCACUCAGAUUGUGGAGGUGGUGGAUGAGCCUCGUAGCAAGGAAGGAAAGUUGUUGCAGCUUCUCAAAAAGAUCCAUGGCAGUCGCAAGAACCGUGUCCUUGUGUUUGGUUUAUACAAAAAGGAAUGUGAUCGUAUUGAGCGUCGAUUGAUUGAGAAUGGCUACAAGGUGGCAGCUAUCCAUGGCAGCAAAAAGCAACAUGAACGUAACGAAGCCCUCGCCAACUUUAAGAGCGCCACCCAUCCACUCAUGAUCGCCACCGAUGUCGCCGCACGUGGUUUGGAUAUUCCCGAUGUCGAAUACGUUGUCAAUCUCACCUUCCCUCUCACCAUCGAAAGCUACAUUCAUCGUAUCGGUCGUACCGGUCGUGGCGGCAAAAAGGGUACUGCCUACACCUUCUUCACCCCCGAGGACAAGGCCCAUUCCGGUGAACUUAUCAAUGUCCUCAAACAAGCCAACAUGCCCGUUCCUGAUGAGUUAUACAAGUUUGGCACCACCGUCAAGAAGAAAACCCACAGCGCUUAUGGUGCUUUCUUCAAGGAUACCUCCGAGGCACCCAAGGCAACCAAGAUUGUGUUUGGCGAUGAUUAG